AUGUCAAGUAAUGUGUCAGGCAAAUGUCCUCUGUGUCUUAAACCGGUUCUAGUCAGAAACUUUAAACGUCAUUGUAACAGUUUUCAUACCAGUAUUGAUACUGAUCAAAAAUUUCAAAAGCAAAUAUGCAAAUUAAAAGAAAAUAUUAUCAAAAAUAAUAACAAUGAGAACAUUUUACGGCAAACAGCAACAAAUGAUCUUCCAAUUCAGCGGUCAACAUCAAAUGAAUUUUCACCACCACCAUCAAAACGUGUACGAAGAGAAUCAGCAAAUGAAAUAGAAAAUAUAUCAUCGAUUUACGGUACUGAAAGUAUUUUAAAUACAACUAACAACAAAGAAAUAUUAAACUGUUCAGAAAGUGAUACGAUGAAAGAUUUUGGAUAUGUUACGCAUAUUAAUAAAAUCGAAUUAAGUGAUAUUAAAAAUAAAAUUUGUGCUGAACUUCAGUAUAUCAUAAAACAAACACAACUUACUUCCAGAUUUCUCGAUUUAUCAGUUAAUCCAAACAUUAGUACAAAACAUUUUGUAAUUGAAACAAGUACAUAUUUAACAGCACUGAGAGAAUCGAUUACCGAUUUAUUACUUAAAUGUGAUCAGACGCUUGAACAAAUACCAUCAUCAUUACAGACAACAACUGAGAUGAUAAAGUCAUCAGAAAUAUCCGUAUGUCGUGAUCCGUCAACAAGAAAAAUUCAUAAUGAAGUGGAAGACAUAGAGAAUACUGUGUUUAUUCAUACGAGAUCAGAUUAUUCUGAGUGCGAGUAUGAUAGCAUAAAAGAAUAA